AUGGCGACUCAGCUCUUCACCCGCUCCCUCCUGCUCUCCUCCAAGCCUCGGCAAUCCCUCGCCUCCCUCCUCUCGCGCUCCCUCUCCUUCUCCUCCGCUCCCGCCGCCUCCGCGCCUCGCUCCCCUCUCUCCUCCCUCCUCCGCCACCGCCUCCGCCCCCUCUCCUCGGCGUCCGCGGCGGUUGCUGCCGCCCCGUCCGCCCGCUCCUUCCGGACGAGGUCGACCUCGUCUUCGCUCAACGAUCCGAACCCCAACUGGUCAAACCGUCCCUCGAAGGAGACGAUACUUCUCGACGGUUGCGACUUCGAGCACUGGCUCGUGGUGAUGGAGAAGCCCGAGGGCGAUCCUAUUAGGGAUGAGAUCAUCCAUAGUUAUAUUAAGACGCUCGCGCAGGUUGUAGGCAGUGAAGAAGAGGCCAGAAUGAAGGUCUACUCAGUUUCAACAAGGCACUACUUCGCAUUUGGAGCCCUUGUAUCUGAAGAGCUUUCUUACAAACUUAAGGAACUGCCCAGAGUUCGAUGGGUUCUUCCUGAUUCAUACCUGGAUGUUAAGAAUAAGGAUUAUGGGGGUGAACCUUUUAUUAAUGGGCAAGCAGUUCCUUAUGACCCCAAGUACCAUGAAGAAUGGAUGAGAAAUAAUGCACGUAUUCCUAUUAGACCCCGUUAUGUCAAUAGAUCAAGGAACUUUGACAGGAGGAGGGAGAAUAUGCAGAAUAGAGAUUUCCAAGCUAGGGACAUGCCAAACCAAGGGAUGCAGAAUCCUCCGCCUCAAGGCAACAUGCCCCCACCGAAUAUGGGCGGUGGAAUGCCCCCACCAAGCAACUUUGCUCGAAUGCCUCUACACAACCAAAUGUGA